AUGCGUUCACGUUCACAUGGUCGUCAUCCUUUUCAUAUGGAUUAUUUACCAGUCUUGGGCAUACCCGGAUAUCCAGUACCUCCUGUAGAUUUUUGUGCCGAUACAAUCCUCAAUAAACAAAAUAGCAAAAGUGGUACUUUGUAUUAUUCAUCCGGUGGUUCAAAUGAUGGUCGCUCGCCUCCUCCAGAAAUGGCACUUCUUUCGGGUGUCCCGCCUCCGGGUCCAAUGAUCAAAAAACCAAUGCCACGACCAAAAAGUAGCACCGAACCACUAGAAAGGCGUUAA